GCCCCCCAGGGGGUUGGCGGCUUCCCCUCCCACCCGGAGCGGAUGUGCCCCUGAACGCACCCGGGGCCUGACGGAGCAUGUUCAACCCCAGGAACCCCCCCAGGAGCGGCUACAUGGAGCACUGCUACCUGCGCCCCCGGCAUGUGCCCGGCCCCGGCCUGGCAGACGGGCUGAACGACUUCCCCAUGUGCCACCAGGCCAACCUGAUGGGCAGUCACCAUGGGUAUGGGCUGGCGCCGGGCAACGAGCAUGCUGGCAAUGCCACCGGGUCCCGGUUCUCCACGCCCCGGAGUGCGGCCAAGCUGACCAAGAAGCGGGCGCUGUCCAUCUCGCCGCUGUCUGACGCCAGCAUCGACCUGCAGACCGUCAUCCGCACCUCGCCCAACUCCUUGGUGGCCUUCAUCAACUCACGCUGCGCCUCGGCCAGCGGCUCCUACGGGCACCUCUCCGUUGGCACCAUCAGCCCGUCCCUGGGCUUCCAAAGCCCCAUGGCUCACCCGAAGGGGCAAGGGGCAGCGUUCGGCCCCCCCAUGCCCCACUGUGGCUCCCAUGAACACCUCCCCGGCCGGCCGGGGUUCCUGCACCAUCCCCCGCCCCGCGGGACACCGAAGCAUUGCCAGAUGAAAUCAGAGCCAAGCCUGGGCGACGCCCUGGGCACCAAGGGCCUGGAGGAGAGAUCGGAGGGCGGUGUCUCCAGCCCAGCCUCCACGGGGACGCAGGACCCCCUGCUGGGGAUGCUGGAGCCCCGGGAGGAGCUGGAGAAGGAGGACGGGAAGCAGGAGGCAGAGGCCGUGUAUGAGACCAACUGCCACUGGGAGGGGUGCAGCAAAGAGUUCGACACCCAGGAGCAGCUGGUGCAUCACAUUAACAAUGAGCACAUCCACGGGGAGAAGAAGGAGUUUGUGUGCCACUGGCUGGAGUGCUCACGGGAGCAGCGGCCCUUCAAGGCGCAGUACAUGCUGGUGGUGCACAUGCGGCGGCACACGGGUGAGAAGCCUCACAAGUGCACGUUCGAGGGCUGUCACAAGGCCUACUCACGCCUGGAGAACCUCAAGACCCACCUGCGGUCGCACACGGGCGAGAAGCCGUAUGUCUGCGAGCACGAGGGCUGCAACAAGGCCUUCUCCAACGCCUCGGACCGCGCCAAGCACCAGAACCGCACCCACUCCAACGAGAAGCCGUACAUCUGCAAGAUCCCCGGCUGCACCAAACGCUACACGGACCCCAGCUCCCUGCGCAAGCACGUCAAGACGGUGCACGGCCCCGACGCCCACGUCACCAAAAAGCAUCGGGGCGACAUGGUGCUGAGCCGGGCGCUGGCUGCCCUGGGGGGUCCUGCAGACAUGAAGCAGGAGAAGGAGGGAGGCUGCCCCGGCGAGGGCAGGAAGGACGAGGGGAAGCUGAUGGUGCCUGAGGCCACCUUGAAGCCCCAGCCCAGUCCCGGCGAGCAGUCGUCCUGCAGCAGCGAGCGCUCACCCCUCAGCAGCGCCAACAACAACGACAGCGGGGUGGAGAUGAACGCCAACCCGGGCGGCAGCUUCGAGGACCUGUCCACACUGGAGGACCCCCCACCGGGGGAGCCCAUGGGUGCCUCGGGGCUCUCGGCCCUGCGCCGCCUGGAGAACCUCCGCAUCGACAAGUUCAAGCAGCUGCGGAAGCCCCCGCCCAGCAAGGGCCUGCAGCUGCCGGCCAUCCCUGGCACCGGCCCCCCCAGGGAGAUGCCCAGCCUGUGCGGCCCACCCCCCGCGGCCUCCCACCGCCGCAUCCUGGAGCUCUCCGCCAGCGACCUGGCCUCCGCACCCCCGGCGAGCGAACGCCGGGCCAGCACCACCAGCACCGUCAGCUCAGCCUACACCGUCAGCCGCCGCUCCUCGCUGGCCUCGCCCUACCCGCGGGCUGCCGAGGGGCCGGGGGGGCUCCCCAACAGCCUGGGCCUGGCCGACACCUACGACCCCAUCUCCCCCGACGCCUCCCGGCGCUCCAGCGAGGCCAGCCACUGCGGGGAGCUACCGGGCCUGACGCCAGCCCAGCAGUACCACCUCAAAGCCAAGUACGCCGCGGCCACGGGCGGCCCCCCGCCCACCCCGUUGCCCAGCAUGGAGCGGGCGACCCUGGGUGGCAGGACGGGGUUCCCUGGGGACUACCCAGGCCCAGCCGGGCCAUCCUUCCUGGCCAAUGGCUUGCUGCGGCGGCACGGCACCGCCGAGUACCCCAGCUACAGCCUCCCCCCGCACCUGGCACCCGGGCAUGGUACCCGGCGGGCCAGUGACCCCGCCCGGACGGCGGCCGAGCCGCACGCCGCGCCCAACAUGCAGCGCUUCAAGAGCAUGGGUAACAUGAGCGCGUCGGCCCUGGGCCGGGCCGGCCUGCAGCCCCUCGGGGGCACCGAUGCCAGCCUGCAGCGCCACCUCUUCUCCCCUCGCCCGCCCAGCAUCAGCGAGAACAUCUUCCUGGAGAGCGUGGCCAUGGAGGGGCCCGGGGAGAUGGAGCAGUAUCUGGGCUACCCGGAGCAGGGCUUCCAGUGCCAGGGGCCAGGCAUGGAGCUGCAGGGGGAGGGUGCCUAUAUCGGUGGCCACAGGACCAUGGGAGGCAUGCAGCUGAGCCCAGGUGCCCAUGAGGAGCUGGAGGGGAAUUACUGCCUCCCCCAGUGCCAGGUGAACCAGCACUUCCAGGGCAUGCGCCCACCCGAUGCCAGCAUCCUAGCGCCCUGGGACGAGGCCGCCCCGGGGAGCCUGGAGAUGAACCCCAUGGUGCCCAGCCCGCUGGGCAGCCGACACUGCCACCACCAGUACCAGACUCCUGGUGCCUGCGAGCCGCAGCCCAAGCACAUGGACAUGUGCCACCCGGGCGGGUUUGCCGGCGGGCAGCAGUUUGGCGAGCUCAGCCAGCUGCAGAUCAAAGCCGAGCAGCAGCUCACGGCGCCAGCGCUGACCCGCUGCCAGAACGUGCAGCAGCCGCCAGCAGCUCCGUUCAGCCAGCCCAGGGCCAUGGCGGCCGCCCCUGGCAGUGGGUACCAGGCUGAGCCCCAGCAGGGCUCCUGCUUUGCCAUGCCCCCCCCGGGCAGGCGGCCCCAGACCCCCAUGCUGCAGGUCAAGGAGCUGAUGGUGCGGAAUUACGUGCAGUCCCAGCAGGCGCUGAUGUGGGGGGAGCAGCCACAGCCCCCCCCGAAGGCCGGGGACCCCAUGAUGGGGCUGGGCGGGAUGCCUGGGCACAGCCAGCCCCUGCGGCACCCCCCGACACCGCAGCCGUACCUCAGCCCCAAGUAUGCCGGCUACCCAGUCAAGCCAGGCCACCCCCUGGGCCCGCCCGAGAACCAGCCCCCGGCCAGCCAGUGCUUCAACCCCGAGCUGGUGCCCCACCCGCCUGGCGGGCCCAAGCCCCCGACCAGGCAGAACAGCCUGGGCUACGUGGGCAGCCCAGGCCAGCCCAGCCCUUCCUGCGAGCCCCCCGAUGCCAGUCCCCGCAGGCUGCUGCGGCUCCCCCCCCUCCAUGCCCCACCCGAGGGCCCCGCUGAGGCAGCCAUGCUGUUCUACCCGGGGCAGGGCCCCAUGCAGCCGGGGAAGGGCACCCAGGGGCACCAGCCGGCCAGCUGCGGGGGCCAGGAUCCUGGCAGGCCGUUCGCCCCCAGCCUGGAGAGCCUCAAGCCCGACUCCUUCCCCUACCUGGCGCCGGAGGGGCAGGUCUCCAACACCCUGGACUCGCUGGACCUGGAGAACACACACCUGGACUUCACAGCCAUCCUGGACGACCCGGAGCCCCCGGCCCUGAGCCCCGCCCGGCUGCCCCUGCCCGGGCCCUGCAACAUGGCCGUCGGAGACAUGAGCUCCAUGCUGAGCUCGCUGGCUGGGGAGAACCAUUUCCUCAACACCCUGUCCUAA